CUGAGAGCUAAACACCUACGUCCCGUUAGGAGGAUGCGGGCGGCUGAGGGCUGAGUACGGGAGCGCGCGGGAAUACCGGGCUCGCUGGCUGAGUACGGGAGCGCGCAAGAAUUACCGGGGACGUGGAGACCACGGCAACAGUGACAUUCUCUCAGUGAAUAAAAAACCUGGAUAUAUUUUUCUUAUGGAUUGUACGGAACUAAGGCUCUGACAUGAGGCAAGAUAUUGAGACUAUUAUAGCCCAGGAAAGAGCGGACAUCAUACUCAAAUAUGAGAAGGGGAGGCAGCCAGGAGAGCAGAUUGACCCGUGGGAAGAUGCGGACUUCACUUUGUACAAAGUCACCGAUAGAUUUGGGUUCCUACAUGAGCAUGAGUUGCCGUCAUGCAGUGCAGUGGAAGAGAAGCAAAAGCAGCAGGAGAUCGAACGUGUGGACAAAUGGCUUAAGAUGCUGAAGAAAUGGACCAAAUACAGAAACAGUGAAAAGAACGCCUGCUAAAGAUGUCUAUGGAAGAUCUGCGGGACUUUCUGCAGGAGAAAAUUGCGCGGUCUCUUAGCUACGAUGACGAUAUUGUGGUCGAGCAGUUACAGACGUCUAUGGCGGAGCUGCGCAAGAUGAAACUUGAACUGCCGCCGCCAGGAAAGGCUGAGGAAUUCCCAAAACAGACUUUGGGUCAAGACAUUCCUAUUAACCUUCUUCCAGUCAAACCUGCUUUUGAUAAUAAAGGACAGAAUGAUAUUCCAGAGACAUCCAAGCAAUUUCCCUUAGACAUUAAUAAGAAUAACUCAAACACAGGUGAAGAAGCUAAUAUAACAAACAUUAAACAACACAACGGUGCAUCAAGAUCCGUGGUCAUGGAAGAGCCUCAAGUCAAGAAGGAUGGUGUACAUCCGGUACAAGAUCCUGAAGAGCAAUACCUUGUAACAACUGUUUCUGUUGACAUACCAACAGAACCCACCACCAAGCUUCAAAAUGAAUUUUUUCAAAAUAAGUUGGAGAGCCGUGAAAACACAGGUUUGGAAGCAAAGAACAUACAAGAAAAAGGUGGUCUUGUAUCUAAGGGCGAGUCUGUAGUAGCUGCCACCUUACCUUCUAUAAAUGUUGAAGGAUCUAUUCCACCAAUAACCUAUUUAACAGAUAAAGCUCAAGAAUGUAAUGAUGAGCUUAAAACAAACAGCCCAGGGAAUGCUAACAUCUCUUCCAAACAUUCUUCACCUUUGCCUCAUCAAAGCUUAACAAAUACUGCUCUUCAACCUCCAACUUCAGAAGACAUUCAACCAGUUGUGUAUGAUACUCAACUACCUUUAAUUAGUAAAGAAAGUACAACACCAUUAGUUACAAACAAUUUGUCUUGUUCUGAUACUUCUAAAUCUUCAGCAGUAGGCCUAAUGUUUACUCCAGAAUGUGUGGUUUCCUCACAGAAAGAAGAAACUUCUGCUCCUACAGGUGCAAAGGAAAUGGUCUCCCUUCUGCUUCCCAAUUCAGAAACCAAGAGACGCUCCUCAAAUGCUUCUCAAUAUGAUAACAUGUCUGAUGCAGACCAGCUGGGUUGGCCUCCAUGUCCAACAGAAACAUCUUUGGAUAAGUUACAAAAUGAGGCAUGGCAGUCUAAUAUUUGCAAUGUUUUGGAUUUGUCAGCAGAAAAAAACAAACUUCCCCUACUUCCCCCUACCAUAUCUAAUUACCAAGGUCCAUCAGGAAGUGUCCCUGCUUUGCUAAUAAUGAAGCAUAACCAGCAGGAUCCAAUCAAUAUGCGUACAAGCUCAUCUCCAUCCAUUUCAAGCCAGUUUAGUCCAUGCCAGCUGAUAAAGACAUUUACACCUGUGCAAGUGUCUCAUGCUACUGGCCAAACAGUUCUCUGUAGCAAGCAAAUGGUUCAAACUUUGCCCAGCAGUAAUUCUCCAGCUCUUGUUCUCCUCCCUCCCAAUGUUUCUCCAAAAAACGGCGGCACAGCAGAACUUACCACUUUGUCAACCAAUACGAAUGGAGGUGUCAGUCCAUUUAACAAGCCCCAGCCACCACCCCAGAGCUCUAAACCACAAUUUUCAAGUGUAACAAAAUCCCAUUCCGAGAACAGUUUCUCUUCUGGUCAUCAAACUAUGGCACAGCUGUCUAAGUCUGUAACAUUCUGAUCAAAAGAAGAUUCACGAGAUGCCAUCUCAUCUGCUUCAUUGUGCUGUUUAAUGUGUGAGCCAUUUUUGUGCAGGACAUAAAAAAAGGCAUUGUUUUUGGCAUAGUGUGAUAGAUGUGGAUGGUAUACAAUGGAUUUUCAGCUGCGCAGGUUUUUGGCUGGCUGAAUUUUAAUGUCAAGAAUUCCUUUACUUUUUUUAUAUAAACAAAUCACAAAGUGCUUUCUUUUUACUAUCUUCAUGCUUUGAUUGUUAAGAAGAAAAAAUAAGGUUUUGUUAUGAGAGACUGCUGAAAGAAUCAGAAUGUAUACAACAAAUUAGCAUUAGAUCCAUCUUGAGAGUCCAUUUGCACUAUGAAUUGUCAAUUUUGUCCAUGAUCCAAAAUGAUUUUGAAACUUUUCAACGGCUUUGAGGGUUUAUAAAUGGGUUUGUAUUGAUUUUAUGAUAUUUGUGCAUCAAACCAGUUAACCAGCUCAUUUUGUAUUUAUUUUUUUAAUCGGGAUGAGAUAGAACAGAGUGAAUUAACUCAUAGAACACUAGUCACUUGCGUCUAAUUUAAUAGAUAAAACCCAUUAAUUUUCAGGUUUUAUUUGUUUGUUUUUAGACACCAACAGGCAUUAGGGCCGGAGCCUAACAUGUAUCCAAUAAGUAAGAAAUGCAUUUUAAUUAAUUUCAUUUUGAAUUUAUAUGUAACAGCAUUUUUUUAUGUUAAGUAUCUAAUUCAUGAUAUGUGGUUAAUGGCUCCUGCAGUUGCUAACUUAAUCCUUAAGGUACUAGCCUAUAGAAUGUGCUCUAGAAUGUAUUUUGUAAUUAUUUAUAUACACAUGGGCUGGUAGAAGGUUAUUCAAUUUGGCACAUAACACCUAAGAUGAAUAAUGUUGGUGUCUAAAAAAUGUUCUAGCUGACAAAUAAGACCAACCCUUUGUUUCUUUAAUGACUAAUAUUAAUUUGUUUUCUAUAGUUAUAGAUGAAAGAUGACAAAAAUAUGUGCUGUCCAUAACUAGUUCAAUGGAGACUUAAUAUAUAUAUUUAAAAUUUUGCCAAAAUAAAUAACUAAGAUCAUCCCAACUUCAAUAAAAUGCUAUGCAAUAUUCAGCAA